CGCAAAUUAAAACAACAGUAAUAUUGUUUUACUUUGUUUUGCUUUCUUUUUUAACCUGCGAUCGAGUGCUCUCCUUUAGGGAGAAGGCGAUAAGAAUAAGGUGAAAGAAGGUAGCAAGAAACGUAUAAAAGACUUGCGGUCCCGAAAUGUUAAGAUUUAUUUCGUUGGUUUUAGUUAAGGGAAAUUAUUUUGAAAGAAGUCGAGGGCGAGAAGCUAUUCAAGCUACAUAAAAGAUAGCCUCAACUACGAGAUGAACAUCAUUGGUAAGGCAUAUAAUAACAUCCGAUAUCAUUAUCUUGUUGAAACUUUUCACCGUAUAAUAUCGAUACCUUAACCAUAAAGGAGUAGAUAGUUCUUGUUGAUCCAUUUGUAAAACCCACAGGAAGAAAAAUAAAUGAGUUUUCAAUUACUAGAAGUUCUUGUAAAAAAUUUGUAAUGAUUUGUAUCAGUUCAGAAUUCGCCAGAUGAAAAAUAGACGCGGGGUCUACGAGACAAUUAUGUAUGCAGUUUGGUCCGGUUAUUUUAAACAUUGCAUUAAGACGGUCAGGGAGUAAAUUAAAGAUCCUCAGCAACCUUGUCACAAGAUUUCGAGGUUGUCUAUAUUUGGUGAAACGUCUUCAGUGUCAAGCUAAAAGUAUUAUGACUUAGUCGUUCUCGGAUAAGAGCAUCAGAUCUCACUGUUAUCUAAGUUCGACUUCCAUCAUCCAAUCAGAUCAUCCCAACAGAAAUAGCAGCUGCUCUUUGUGUCAUUAAAUCCGAACUCUGACCCAUGAACGUUCUGCCAUUACGGAAGCAAUUGUGACAACCAUUUAUCUUUCAUCUCCUUCAACUGCAAUUUACGCUGCAAAGAUGGUUGACACAAUUUACAUCGCUUUUGCCGUUGCGUCUGCGGUUAUCUUUAUUCCAGGUGUGGUUUUAAACUUCCUCAUCUGCCUGGUGUUUUACAAAAACGAACAAUUUCGCACUCCACCGAACGUGUUCAUCGCAAGUGUCGCCGCAAGCGAUCUGCUUUAUUCAGCGACCACAUUACCACUUCUCAUUGCUACAAACGCCUAUGGGAGAUGGAUUUAUGGAGAAAAAGGUUGCAAAGCAGCUGCAUUUAUUACGGCUUUUUCAGGGCUGGUCUCAAUGAUGCAUUUGGCAGCUGCUUCAUACGAGCGAUACACCGUUUUAGCGUUUCCUCUUACAAGCCGCACAACUAUCACCUUUCAAAAAGCUGUCCGUAUUUCAGUUGCACUAUGGUUGUAUUCCCUGUUCUGGAGUGUUAUGCCCCUGUGUGGAUGGUCAGGGUAUGCACAGGAGGGUGUUGGCACAAGUUGUGCCUUGAGGUGGAGGUCGAGUCAAAAAAUUGAUUUGACCUUCAAUAUUUGCCUAAUAUUCGCCAGCUAUCUAUUGCCUGUGUGCGUAAUGGGCUUUUCAUAUUUUAAAUGCUGCAAAGAAAUUGUUGCGGGAACAAGAAGGGCAAAAAUCAUUUGGGGAAAGUCGUCGAACUUCACAAAAAAAGCUACUGAAGUAAAACACAAGAUGCUCAUCCUUUUUGGAAUAAUGACCGUGGCAUUCAUCAUGGCCUGGACUCCAUAUGCAAUAGUUUCGCUUAUAUCGAUGAUUGGUGGACCUUACGUCAUCAGUGACGUGACAGCAUCUAUCCCAGCAUAUCUUGCUAAAUCAUCAUAUUGUAUCAACCCGAUAAUUUACGUUUUUCGGAACAAGAGAUUGAGGCGGCAGAUCAAAUGCAUUAUACGGAGUGCGAGGUAGUGUUGUGACAAUUAAUCAUUGGUUCGCAUUUAUUGGUAAGGCUGGAAAGUCUUUGGCACAGGUACAACAGCCCUAGGGCGAUACCAAAAUACCACUCGAAAGAAAAUUUUAGAACAAUCCCGACAAAUAGGAGCCGCUGCCCCAUGGUCGCCCUCCACAUCCUCCCCCUAUGUUCGGCAAUGAAGAAGGAUCAUGCUGGUUUGAUUGGUCCCGCAUAUAAGCACUAGAAUAACCACAGCCUUACUGGAAUUAACGUCCGCAUGUUCCAUUAUGAGCUAGAGGAAAUUCUUUUGAGAUCAAGGACAAGUACAGAUAUAAUAAUAAUAAUACUUUAUUCUUAUACAUAUAUGUAUACACGAUACACGAUGAAUACACGACACAUAUUUGAAAAGGUGGACCGCGAGGUUAUCCCUAUAAAAGGUCCCCUAACUGAACUUUAAAAAUAUUAAAAAAUAUUAAAAACGCGUGUAAAAAUCAUUAGUGCAGGUACAAAAUGGUACAGUAAGAAUGAUAUUUAAAAUGAAAAUAUAUACAAUUAAAAUAUGAGCUUCUGUGUCAAUAAAUCUUCAUCCAUCUUUUUAAGCCUUUUUUAAGUUUGUUUGCGCUAAUUUCGUCAGUGAAGAGAUGUUUUGACAAACUGUUCCAGUCUUUGACGAUUCUCACGAAGAAGGAGUACUCAAGGGAGUUAACUUUAGCUAAUUUAGUUUGUAUUUUGUAUGGAUGGUUGGCUCUAGUUUUUUUACCUCUACAAAACUCGAAAUAGUCAUCAAAGUCUAGGCCUUUACAUAUGUGUCCCGUGUAAAGCUGCGGUGACUGGGUCUUUAUCUGGCUUCAACACUUUCCAAUGCGCCAAUACAGAUUAACAUUUCGAUUGAAUCAUCAAAGCAAAAUGUGCCACGCACUGUUACAGUAUGGUGACAACAGCUCGGACAAAUUUACAAACUUUAACGUUGGGACAAAACUGAAAAACGUGUCUGUUUUUCGUCUCUCUUACUCUUACUCCUGUAUGUUGGAGUCUAAAAGGACAAAUAUGCUUAGUUUCUUCCAUCAGUUUGACGUGUUGUUGUACGGACUGUCGGCAAGUAGACUGGCAGCUAAACCGGACGGGAACUUUAAAGUUAAAAUACAACAGGCCUUGUCACCUUAUUUGCACACGGGCAUUGCUUUAUUUUUUUAACGUUUCGAUCAUUUUUAGACUGGAAAAAAAGAGAUUAUUAGUUUCAGGUAAGGUUAACCUACUUUGCUUGUACUGCAAGUGUUUGAAAUCUAGGGAAGUAUCUCAAAACACUGAAUUAGUGAGCUCGGCUACAAGCACGACUUUGAAUGGUGAUAUGCAUGCUUUUUGACGUCUCCAUUUAAUGAAGGCCAACUUGUUUCACUCAAUUUCAGUCCUAUAUGGAUAUUUUCCACAUAAACAGGAAGUAAUAUGAAAAACAACUGUAUUACAUGAAAGUAGCGAUCAAUAAGCAAUAGUAUAAUGCUGACAGACUUUCAUCAGAAAAUGAAACGCGCGUUAUCUGCGGCUGUUUAUGUCGUAAGAUCAAUAAACAAUGUUGGAUUAAUGACGCUUUUAGACAAAACAAUAAGGCAAACAGUCAACGAACAGUGUAUGAGGUCAUAACCUUUUAACUCAGACAAUAAUUUAUGGUGAGAUGAUCCGGCGGUCAAGUUACAAUAAACAAUAAAGCUUGCAUGUUAAUUUCUCGUUGUCAUCGUCAACCGUCUCUUCAGCGCGAAGUCGCGCACAAGACUCCAUAGUAAUCCACCAUUUGGACUGAUUCUAGGUCACCUUUCCCCCCCUAUAAUAGAUGUACUAACGGUAAUGAAGAGUC